CAGAACAACCCACUUCCGGUCCAAGAGUUUGUAAACAAUGAAAGGAGAUAUGGAGUCGUCAAGAGGUCUUACCUAAAAAUAUUGCCCUGUACAGACCAUAAUAAAUGCAUAUUAUAUGUCACGCACGCCGUGCACACCCGUAAGGAUUAAAGGAAACGGGACGUAUAGGUUUUCAAGGAUUCCCGCUUUUUAAAAUAUCUUUUUGUGUGUGUGAAAAUCGGACCGCUGGCUAGCGAGGCGUUUGUUUUUCUACAUACUAGACAGACAUCAGACACAACGGGCUGCAGAAAGGACGAUCCCUAAACACAACCGAAGCCUGGCGAGUUUUUUAAAAGCCACCUAGACGUGAUUUUGGAGGGUUUGUCGUGUCGUGCAGGCUCAGCUCAAUGGGGAACUGUCUGUCUUCUCAAGGCGCUGAUGAUCUGUCCCUGCUGAACGAGUCCGAGGGGGCGAGUCUGCCCGGAGAGCCUCCGCCACCCUACCAGGAACGGGCGCAGGUGCCAGUGUACCAUCCCACGCCCAGUCAGACGCGGUUGGCCACUCAGCUGACUGAGGAGGAGCAGGUCCGUAUCGCGCAGCGCAUCGGCCUCAUCCAACACCUGCCCCGUGGGAUCUUCGACCCGGGCUCGGAGCCGUCCGACAAGAAGAUCAAAGAGUGUGUGAUCUGCAUGAUGGACUUUGAGUACGGCGACCCGAUCCGGUUCCUGCCCUGCAUGCACAUCUAUCACGUGGACUGCAUUGACGCCUGGCUCAUGCGCUCCUUCACUUGCCCUUCCUGUAUGGAGCCCGUCGAUGCUGCGCUGCUGUCUUCCUACGAGACGAACUGAGAGUGCCUGCGCAUGCCGAGAGACGUGCCAAUGAGUCUGCCAAGAGCCCCCGAAACGCUUGGGACAGUAGAUUGAACAAAUGAAGGUGGUGUGACUGUGUGUGUGUGUGUUCAGAGACUGUAAAACAGGAUCCAGUGUUAGGCCCCCGGAAGGAUGUUUAAAACCUCUCACUUGCAUGUUAAAGCGCUUUUUGAAAACAUAUACAUGUAAUUGAUGUAAAGUGAAGUUUAGCAAGAAGCAGAAGCUUCUCUAAUGAAGAUAGAGUGUUUCAAAUGUGAGAGCAAAUUAGGGUUAAAUGAAUUAAUUGUAUACGUUUUUCCUUUUCGUUCUAACCAAAUUCAUGAAAUGUGCAAUAUAUGCGAGAGGGACUCGUGUCCUUCUGAUCGGAACCCGCCCGUCGCCAAAAUUCCGCCAAUGAGAUUGUCCGUUUUUGAAUUUGCUGAGUCCGUGGGCGGAGUUUUAUUCCUGCAGGCUGUGAAUGUGCCUUUUAUGGCUCACAAUUAGAAUGCUGAAGAACCUUCAUUACAUGAGAGAAUCUAAUUUACAAGAAAACGUGCCAUGGUAAUGUUUUACUUGCAAUCUUGUGAUGCACUAACUGGUGUUUGAGGUGGUAGUUUUACAUACUUUUUCUGUCAUUUUCUUUCCUCGACCACUACGGAUGGGUGCAUCCACAUCUAAAUGGCUUAAUAAAUGCAUUGUGAUAUGCGUCGUUUUGUGUUUUAUCGUAAUGGGGUCGGUGAUGAGGUUGUUUAGUGGUAGACUCGUCAGCUGCUGUUUUCCAGGAUCUGGGAUGUAAGUUGCCUUUUUACACUGGUUUUGGAUCAUCUUUCCCCUAAAUGCUUGUUUUUGGUGUUACAUGUUGGAUCCUGUAUGUCCCCAUUAGCUUUGCCUUGCCUUGUCUGAUAGAAGUGUGGGGACUGUGUUUAGUAGUUUUCUUUCUUUAUUUUUAGGAUAAUAAUGAUACAAUCACCAAACUUUGUGCACCUUUCAAAUGUCGCUGACUUAAAGUCAGCCUUUACAGUGGAAGCUUUAAAGUUAUUCCUUGCUGUUUUCCUGAUUAAUGCAAACUUUUUUGUUUUUGAACAUGGAAAAAAAUGAAGUGAAAAAAGGAGACAUGCUUCAGUCAGUUUUGAUACUGUUCGUAUUGUCUUUUCUGUAUGUUAAGCUGAAUAUAUGAUCUUAUACCUGUCACAGUUUGAACUGCUUGUGCAAAAGGAAGAUUUUCACCUUUGUUGUUUUGUUUGCUCAGUUAGUGUGCUGGAUUAUAAUGUUAAUCAGCCUGAACUGUGUUAAGAACCCCAUGUUUAGCCUGAAACUAUAUUCAUAAAAUAUUUCAUCCUGCUCAAGCUUCCCUCUGUAUCUCUGUACUAAACCAUCGUGACUUAAAAUGUGAUUGAAUACCAAGAACAGUGUCUGAAAAUCUCGAAAUCAACCUGUUAUUGCACUUAGGUAUCAUAUUGGAUGAAUUACUUCAUUUUCUAUUAAUGAUUCAGAACUCAAAUGUAGCUUUAGCACAACGCAGUUGUAAACAUAAAUGUAAUAAUCCUGUGAAGUACAAUCAUCACAACAUUUUCUUUGAAAAUAAAUUAAUUUUUAAAAAAAGAGUUGCUUGUUGGUGCCAUUUAAAUGUAAGUUUGCCAACAAAACGUUAUCAGACAUGCUAUUGAAAUUAUGUGUUUUGUUUAUGUGCAAUAAUGGCACAAAAAUGGGAUUAUAACACAAUAAAGGUUGCCAAAUUCUUCCAUA